CUCUCGAUCCCAUCGAUCGUUGCCGGCGCCGCCGUCGCCGUCUGAGGGGGAGACGCCGCCGCCGCCUCUGCAAGGCAGGGCGGUUUGAAUCCCGCCGCCGCCGAAACUCCGGGAAACGCCCGACGGCGUACCCUGGAAGGCCUGGAUCAAGGAGGAGCACAUGUAUACUCCGGCCUCUUCUCUUCUCUUCUAGGGUUCACCGCCUCAGGAGCCCCCGACGUUACUCCUCUGCUGCCCCUCCCCCUCUGCCUGCCUCCUAUACCUCUCCCUUCGGUCACUCUAUGGGAGAUUAAGCGCGAGUAGCCAGCCGAUGAUCCGCCUCGUUUCCCGGCGGAAUCUCGUCGCCGCCACGGCCAUCCGAUGGUCCCCCGCCACGCUCGCUUCCAGGUGGCUGCACACGCCAACAUUUGUGAUGGUGAGGUCUCUGGUCAAGCCCAUGGGAAAUGCAGAAUUUCGCCAUUUUUGGAGAGUUUAUCUAUAUGCCCAAAGCAUGUACUUCACAACCCACUUGGAGCUCCAGAGAGAAAACAAUGAGUUGGGGCGCGGCAGGAAGGGGAGCAUCACCAGGGAGAAGAAAAUGUAUUGUGGGAAAAAGGACAGAGAUCCCCGAGCUUUUGCGAGAGGGGAUGGAGCGGCGGCUGCGUCGACCCGACCAGUUGCAAGUGGAUGGAGCGGUGGCUGCACGGACAUGCUCCUGGAGGUGCCGGUAUGCAGCCUCAUUUUGAGCCUGGGAGGAUCCUCGCCCUGUCCUGGCCUCAAGGGUGCUCAUCUACUUGUUAUCGUGCUCUGCAGUUAGAACGAUGCGCUAAUGCAGGCUUGAUUUUUUACUUAUUCCUUUUUUAUGCAUAUCCCUGAAUUUUGCGAGCCAUGCUUUAAAUGCUGCUGUGUUUGCCAUUAUGUCAUGUAUAAUGACUCUUAU